GCUCUGCUAGUGCUUGGGGGUCAGGGAGAAUUUCAUGCUUUCUGUGCAAAUGCAGAACAUCCAUAGCAGGCCAAUUCGUUGACAAAAUCUCAACCCCAAGACACAAAAAGGAAAAAGAAAAAAAUGAAGAGAUUAUGGAGGGUACAAGUGCUGCAACACGGCAUCUUUACUUUGUUUCUGCGGCUCCUAGUCCUCCCUUGGACACAAGCCAAUGAUGAUGUGCUCAUGUUGAUGGCUUUCAAGAAAUUCUCUGUUACCUCAGAUCGUCAUGCUGUCUUGGUUAACUGGACUGAUACUUCUUCCAGCCCCUGAGAUUUCCUCAAUACAGUUGUGAGUAAUCUCAAGAAUUUGAGAUAUUUCUAUGUGCCAUUCAACAACAUAACUGAUUCUGUGCCAUUAUCUAUCACUAAUUGUACUCAACUUCAAGUGCUCGACCUCAGUUCUAAUGGCUUUACAGGGACUAUCCCUCCAGGAUUCUGUUCUUCCUCGACCUCAGCCCUGCGAAAGAUUAUUUUAGCCAACAACUAUCUCUCAGGAACAGUGCCGUUGGAGCUUGGAAGCUGCAAGAACCUGAGGGCAAUUGAUCUCAGUUUCAACAGCUUGAUUGGUUCUAUUCCCUCAGAGAUUUGGACCUUACCAAAUCUUUCAGACUUAGUUAUGUGGGCAAAUAAUCUCGAUGGUGAGAUCCCAGAAGGCAUUUGCUCCAAUGGAAGGAACUUGGAGACCCUCAUUCUCAACAACAAUCUCAUAACUGGAACCAUUCCACAGUCCAUUGGCAACUGUACUAAUAUGAUAUGGGUGUCACUUUCCAGCAACCGCCUUACUGGACAAAUCCCCGUCGGUUUUGGAAAUCUUCAUAAACUUGCUAUCUUGCAAUUGGCUAACAAUUCACUCACUGGACAGAUCCCUCCAGAACUAGGCAAUUGCCGGAGCCUCAUUUGGCUUGACUUAAACAGCAAUGCCCUAUCUGGAAAUCUCCCACCUGAGCUUGCCAACCAAACUGGCACGGUCCUGGCUGGCGUUGUUUCCGGAGAGCAAUUUGCGUUCAUAAGAAAUGAGGGUGGAACAGCAUGCAGGGGUGCUGGAGGUUUGCUUGAAUUUGAGGGGAUGCGAUCAGAGAGGCUUGAAAGUCUCCCAAUGGUUCAUUCUUGCUCAUCCACUAGAGUUUAUUCUGGUUGGACUGUUUAUACUUUCUCUAGUGGUGGUAGCAUGAUAUACCUUGAUCUCUCUUACAACUCCUUGUCUGGAACCAUUCCUGAGAAGUUUGGUACAAUGAGCUACUUGCAAGUCUUGAAUUUGGGACACAACUCGCUAGCUGGGGAUAUUCACAGCUUUGGAGGUUUGAAAAAUAUUGGAGUUCUAGAUCUCUCUCACAAUCAUCUUCAAGGCUAUCUGCCAGUUUCGUUAGGGACUCUCAGUUUUCUCAGUGACCUUGAUGUUUCCAACAACAACCUCACUGGUCCAAUCCCCUCCGGAGGUCAGCUGACCACUUUCCCAGCAUCCAGAUAUGAGAAUAAUUCAGGCCUUUGUGGGGUACCAAUGCCUGUGUGUGGCUCUGGAAGCCACUCAACAGGCUUACAUACUCGGGGAAGAAAGCAAUCUGUGGCAACGUGCAUUGCCUGUAGAAAAACUGUUUUUGGUGGACAACCAUUCAAACCAGACUACAACAAUAUACCCUGUGCUGUGUUUAGUGGAGCUAAUAUGAUCCUUGCUGGAAAGGAGGAACAAGGGUUCACUACUGCUGAGGGUAUUUUCAUUGCAGGCUGGUCAGAGGAGAGCUAUGGGUAAGUAUUUUGCAUAACAAUCUUUGGUAACUGUUUCUAACUGUAGCUUCAUUAGAUACUUCUCGUCCUUCUAUAGUUAGAAUAUGCAUAAAGAUUGGUAAUAAAAAUCACUAACAUGU